CUUCUCUAUAUAGAUAUUUUUGAUAGAGCAGAAAGAGAGAUGUCUAAGCUUAUGCAGAAUCCAGUGUUACAUGAACUGAAGAAGCAAGCUUCUUUCUUCAUCAAGGAAAAGAUCAAGACUGCUCGUCUCGCUGUAACCGAUGUCACUGCAGAAGAACUAUUGACAGAAGAAGUUACGGGCAGCGAUCACUCAUCCAUAGACUCACGUUCCAUGGCGGUCAUAACAAGAGCUUCUUUUGAGGUUGAUCAAUUCCAAAGAAUCGUGAAGAUUUUACGUCAAAGAAUGGUUAUGUUUGAUAGAAGGGAAUGGAGGGGCAUGUACAACACGUUGUCAAUGUUGAACCACUUGUUGCUCAAUGGCCCACUAAGUCUAUUCAAUGAGUUUCAACAUGAGAAGGUAAUUAUUGAAGAUGCCAUAAAGAUCGAAUGGAUUGAUGAGAGAGGGUUCGAUUGUGGUCUAAAAAUUCGAAACAUAGCCGAGAAAGUAUUAGGAUUGCUUGAAGAUGACAUGUUUCUUAAAGAUGAGCGAGAAAGAAACCGUAAGCAAAGCAUUGGUCGGAUCACAGGAUUCGGAAACUCGAGUUUCGUCAUACAUUCUGAAGCGAACAACAGACAAGACGGCUUGUUAAUGUUGAGUAACCAUCAAACUUGUGAAAAUGAUUGUAUCGCGGAUGAUCAUCCUUUCGUCGAGAAUGAGCACAAGACUGCUCCACUCUUGCUUUCUUCUUCGACUUGAGUUAGAUUUCCCUUGGUUGUAUUAUUAUGUUUAUAUGUAGAGACUCGUUUUCCAUUUUGAUAUGACUAUUUCCAAGUAAAUAUACUUAAAUCUACAAAUUACGUUGUAUACGUUAAUAAAUUAGUAAUGAACAU